GAUCGGACACAGCGGAUCACCGAUCACGGAAAGAGCCGAAGAUGUCGGCUCGCUCAUGUGAUCAGCUGUGUCCAAUCACAGCUGAUCACAUGGGACAUGUACACUGAUCAUCAGAGCACUGAUGAUCAGUGUGCCCUGAUGAUCAGUGUAGCCCCAGCAGUGCCACUUGUCAGUGUCCAUCAGUGCCUAGUGCCAGUGCCCAUCAGUGCCACAUCAAUGCCACAUAUCAGUGCCUACCAGUGCACAUCAAUGCCACAUAUCAGUGCCCAUCUGAGCUGCCUUUCAGUGUAACCCAUGAGUGCCAGUCAGUGCCACCUAUCAGUGCUGCCAAUCAGUGCCACCUAUCAGUGCCAGUCAUUGCCGCCUAUCAGUGCGUGUCAGUG